CACCAUCUUGCAAGUCCAAACACUCCUCACUACCUACCUCCCAAACCACCAAAAUGUCCACAAUAUCCCCACCCCCUGUCACACUGGAAGACCUCCAAACCUUCCAAGCAAAACAUUUCCCAGGAAGCGCGUACCCCACACAACCCCUGACAGACACCCUCGAACAUCCAAACCAACAACAACCACAACACCACCAACAACACCAACAAGAAGAAGAAUACUACCACUACGAGGAAGAAGCAGAAGAAGAUGAUGAUGAUGGCUUGGGCUACUACCCCGACGGCAUAAAACGUACUCUCACGGACGAACAAAUCCGCAUCUUCAGACAUAGUGAGAUUCAUGCGUUAUUGAGGGAGAAGGAGUUGCGGGAGGAGGAGGAAGCGGAGAUGAGGGCUGAAGCGGAAGCUGAGGCGGAGAGGGAGCGUAAGAGGUUGAGAGUUGCGGGUGAUGUGAAUCCAGCUGCAGCUGCAGAUGCAGAUGCAGAUGCGGAGGGUGUUGAGAGUGUUACUCUGUUGACAGCGACAGUGAUGGUGGCGCCUAGCAGCGCUGCCCAGGAAGCCCAACACCCACCUCAGACCCGGGUGGAGGAAGAUACUCCUAUGGAUUACGGGGAUGGUGAUUCUGUUCCGUCUCGGUCAUAUGGGGAUACUUCGGGUUCGAGUUCGAGUUCGAGACGUGCGCCGCAGUUCCCCGGGAGGAGGAUCAUCUCGUAUGAUGAUUGA